CUGGGUAGGCUCAGGUUGAUUGUAACCAUGCUGUUUCUUUGCUUGGGAGCUUUGGUCUCCCCUUCCUGCCCAGAUUUUUUGUACAUAUCCAUUUUGAUGUAUAUAAUUUACAUUUCCUGAUAAAAAAAAAAAAAAAAAAGAAUGAAAAAGCGUGCUUCCCAUCCUUCUGUUUAGGCUUUUGAUAUCCCUUUAUAUAUAAACUGCUGAAGUUGAUUGUUGCUUUUAUAUCCCGUUCCUCUCUUCUCUUUCCAGUGUUGAUGAUGCAGUGACGGCUGAUGAGCGCAGCUGCUAGCUUAUGUUUUGAGAAUUUGUAGCGACAGCAAGAGUGCCAAGAGCUGUUUGGGGAUAUGCCUGAACGAAAUUUCAAAUUUAUGGAGCACCAUGAUUAGGAGAGGUUGCUCUAUAAAUGCCACGCACGAUGAAUCCCUGCCCCUUUUCCUUCAAAAGAUACGAUGCGCAGGUUGUAAGCCCGACCAUCAAGUCUUCGCAAGUCUUCUCAAAGCUUGCGCUGCCAUCUCGGCCAUCAAAUUGGGGGAGGCCGUUCACAGUUAUGUCGCUAAACUGGGCCAUCUUUCCUGCUACGCUGUAUCUAAGGCAGUUCUUAACAUGUAUGCUAAAUGUGGAGCUCUUGAUGACUGCAAGAAACUGUUUAAUGAGAUGGGUCAUUGUGAUCCUGUAACCUGGAACAUUGUCUUAUCUGGAUUUUCUGGAUCCCGGGUUUAUGAUGCUGAGGUGAUUAGGUUGUUCUAUGCAAUGCAUCUUGCCCACGAACCUAAGCCUAACUCUGUCUCCAUUGCUGUAAUUCUUCCAGUAUGUGCUCGUUUAGGAGAGUUAGAUGCUGGAAAGAGUGUGCAUUCUUAUGCGAUCAAAUCUGGAUUAGAGUCACAGACGCUUGUAGGAAAUGCUUUGGUGUCCCUGUAUGCAAAAUGUGGACUUGUGCGCACUGAUGCAUGUGCUGCAUUUCAAACAAUUGAUAGCAAAGAUAUUGUUUCCUGGAAUGCAAUGAUUGCAGGAUUUUCUGAAAAUAACUACAUGACCAAUGCAUUGGAAUUGUUCCAUUUGAUGCUAGAAGAACCAAUAGAGCCAAAUUAUGCUACAGUUGCAAAUAUUCUGCCUGUUUGUGCUUCUUUAGAAAAGAAUAACGCUUUCUGCAUAGGGAAAAGGAUUCACUGCUAUGUGCUGCGUCGGACUGAGCUGGCCACAAAUGUUUCUGUCUCCAAUGCCCUUAUGAGCUUUUACCAGAGGAUUGGUUUUGUGGAAGAAGCAGAAUUGAUUUUCCAAAGGAUGCAAUCAAAAGACAUAAUAUCAUGGAAUGCUAUUAUUGCAGGAUAUAUAUCAAAUGGUGAAUGGUCGAAAUCGUUGGUGUUGUUUCGUGAAUUCCUCUCUUCCGGAUUGGUUGGGCCAGAUUCUAUCACUCUUAUCAGUAUCCUUCCUGCGUGCGCCCGUUUAUAUGAUUUGCAUAUGGGGAAAAAGAUACAUGGUUAUACUCUCCGGCAUCCAAAUCUGCGUGAGAAUACAGCUGUUGGUAAUGCCCUAAUAAGCUUCUAUGCAAAAUGCAAUGAUAUAAAUGCAGCAUUUCGAAUAUUCUUAAUGAUUUCUAAAAGGGACUUGAUAUCAUGGAAUGCUAUGCUUGAUGCUUUGGCAGAGAGCGAAAGUGAGAAUCAGUUUAAUGAUGUCUUACACUGGAUGUUGAGGGAAGGAGUAAGACCUGACCCCAUUACUAUAUUAUCCAUGAUUUAUAUAUUUGCUUCUUUUUGUAGAAUGGACAAGGUUAAAGAAGUUCAUGGAUACUCAUUUAAAGCUGGCUUUCUCCAAGAUUUAGUUGAACCUACAAUCUGGAAUGCAUUGCUUGAUGCGUAUGCCAAAUGUAGUAACAUGGAGUAUGCAACAAAAAUAUUUGAAAGUUUGUUGGGUAAAAGAAAUGUGGUCACAUGCAAUUCAAUGAUCUCAGGCUAUUUGUAUUGUGGUUUAUACAAUGAAACAUAUAAAAUAUUUAAUGACAUGUCAGAAGCUGAUCUCACCACUUGGAAUCUUAUGAUUCGUGUUUAUGCUGAAAAUGGUUGUGUGGACCAAGCUCUUAGUCUGUUUCAUGAGUUACAAGCUCAAGGAAUGAAGCCUGAUACAUUGAGCAUCAUGAGCAUCCUUCCAGUCUCUGCUCAAAUGGCCUCUGUCCAAUUGUUAAGGCAGUUGCAUGGAUACAUUGUCAGAGCAUGUUUUGAGGAUCAUUGCUUGAAGGGGGCUUUACUAGAUGGAUACUCAAAAUGUGGAACCAUAAGAUGUGCAUCUACACUUUUUCAGUCAACUCUUCACAAGGAUUUGGUUAUGUUCACAGCCAUGAUUGGUGGGUAUGCCAUGCAUGGUAUGGGAGAGGAAGCAGUUAGGACUUACCAUCAUAUGCUUCAGUUGGGUCUAAAGCCAGAUCAUGUGAUCAUCACUGCUGUCUUGUCAGCUUGCAGUCAUGCUGGUCUGGUGGAUGAAGGGUGGAAAAUUUUUGAUUCAAUAGAAAAGGUACAUGGGGUCAAGCCAACCAUGGAACAAUAUGCUUGUGCAGUGGAUCUCCUCGCUCGCAGAGGCCGAGUUAAAGAUGCAUACUCUUUUGUGACUAGGAUGCCAAUUAAUGCUAAUGCAAAUGUAUGGGGGACACUCCUCGGUGCUUGUAGGACCCACCAUGAGGUAGAAUUGGGGCGUAUUGUGGCUAAUCACCUUUUUGAGAUUGAAGCUAAUAAUAUUGGGAACUAUGUAGUGAUGUCGAAUCUGUAUGCAGCAGAUGCUAGAUGGGAUGGAGUCAUGGAUAUGAGGAGGCUUAUGAGGACAAGAGAUUUGAGAAAGCCAGCUGGAUGCAGCUGGGUUGAAAUGCGGCAGAGGAAGAGCAUUUUCAUAGCUGGAGAUUCUUCUCAUCCACAAAGAAGCGUUAUUUAUAGUGUCUUAGGUAGCUUGGAUCAACAAAUGAAAGAUCCAUUUCAGUUUUGAGUUAAUAUGCCUGAUGAUUUCAGCACUGAAAUGUCAUUGCAGUAGGUGGGUGUAAUUGCCCUGGAAACAGUAUCUGUAUUGAAAUGACCAUAAUUCUGGGAAGGCAGAAUCCUUGCUGAUUUGAUGUGUGGUAAUGAGUAAAUCCUGUUCAUCAACUCAUUGGUUAUUAUGAUAAUCUCCUGUUCACCUGUUUCCUCCGGCUUCAAGUAAUACAGCAGAAACAGUUUUCCUCAAAAUUUUGUUUAAAUGUAUGAUAUAGUUUGCUGCUCCUUCUUACAGCAAGUCUUAUCUUAAUGGUAAACAUCUAGAUUCUAGAUUCAUGUGAAGCUUUCCAAGUUUGAAGGUCUAUGUCAUGAAGCCUGGAUUUAUUUGACUAUCUACUUGUUUAUAUUGGCAUGCAUUAGAGUGUAAACUCAUCAACUAAUGAAUUACAUCAGUCUAAGGGGCUUUUGGCACUCGUUUUGGGCAUUCUUGGCAAUCUAUUCCUUAGGUUGGAGAAAUGGAAUGAACCACAUACUUGAUAAGUCAACUAUUAAAUUUUUAAUUGCUCAAAGAUUAUUGACAAGUGCCCCAUUAUUUCACAUAAUCAUCCAGAACCACCACCAUCCAAUCUCCUCCUAGGAAAAUUUGGAUCACGUGAUAAUUGGACUCUCAUUGAGUUUUCUAGUUCCUAAGUUUUUUAAUUUGAUCGUUGGGUUUUUUAUUUGAUUGUUGGAUUUUGGAUAUUUUACUGCUCAUCUGAAGGAAAGGCAACAAUUUGGAGGAGGUGGUUGUGGAGGUUAUUGAGUUGUUGUACUAGUAAGUGCUUUGACUUGUGCAACAAUUUGGAGGAUGUGCUUGUGAGAGGCUAUUGAGUUGUUGUACUAGCUUAUAUAUUUGUGGUGAAGGCUUAUGCUAACAAAGCAACAAAGAGGUGUCCUAUGUCUAGCUCUCAAAGGCAAGUGGUCAAUGAGCUGAAAAUGUGAAUGCUUGCUUAAAGGAGUAUAGCAAGAGCAUGGCAAGGAUGAUGCAACAAUUUCAGCAAAUGUAAUAGCAGAACUACCCACAUAUUAUGGUAGGAUGAAUACAGGAGGCUUAUGGUCUGACUGGAAUAAACACCAAAUUAGCCUAUGUGCUGGCCUAUGGUUGGUUGUGAUUCUGAAUAGAAAGAGUGCUAGUAGAGCAUAGGGUCAGGUCUGCCCUGGUGCUUUUUUUCUCUGGGCCUCAUCUGGCUUGCAGAUUCUGCACAAUGAGGAUAGCAAUGGUGCCUAAUCAUAACAAAUGGAGAACAUGUACAAGGAGCAUUUUGAGCACAAAGGACUUUUUGAAGAUCUUUUUCAAAUUUUUUUUUUGUUACAGUUUCCACUAAAAAUACAGGGAAUUUGAAGACCCGUAGUAUUUGUAUUUUGAAUGAUUAUAUUAAGUACUUGAAAUGGAUGCCCAUUUGACAUUUUAUUCUAAUUAAAUUGAUUUUCUUGCGUUAGUAU